AUGGCACAAUAUAUGCCCUAUGGAGGUUUCAACUGGGUUAAACUAGACUUAGAUGGGCUGGAAGCUUUAACACAUACAUCGGCUAAAGGACGGGUUUACGAGGUAGACGUGUCAUACCCGCGACACUUGCAUGACAAACAUAUUGACCUACCUUUCUUGCCACAUAACGGAAUACCAGUAGGCUCGAAAGUAAAAAAACUGAUACUUUUGAGAAGAAGAGAAAAUACAUGAUACACAAUCGUAAUCUUCAGCAGGCUAUAGCAAACGGGGUGAUAGUAGAAAAAGUAAAUAUUUUUUUUAGUUUAAACUUAUAGUAUAAAUUUUAAAAUUGUUAAUAUACAAAUAUUUUAUAGGUACAUAGAGUUUUAGAGUUUGAUCAGUCUGCGUGGUUGGCAGAUCAACCUAAACACCGAGAUGCGUAAGAAGGCCAGGAACGAGUUUGAGAAAGAUUUUUUUAAAUUAAUGAAUAACGCUGUAUUUGGUAUGUUUUUUUUCCCUUAUUAAAUUUAUUAAUUAAUUAAUUUAUUACAUUAUAGGGAAGACAAUGGAAUCAAAAAGAAAGAGAAUGAAAAUGGAGCUGGUGUCUAAUGAGGAAAAAGUGCAAAAACUUAUUAAUAAGACGACUUUCAAACAUGUGACUUACUACAGAGAAAAUCUUAUCGCUGUAUCACUGGAAAAUAAAAUAAUUAAAUUUGAUAAACCUUUAUAUAUAUUGGUGAAUAUACUUUACAAUUUUUGAAUAUUCUGUAUUAAUACAAUUAUUUCCUAUAGGAUUUGCAGUAUUGUAAAUUUCAAUGACACUAAUGUACGAUUAUCAUUAAAACGUUAUGAAAAAACACUAUAGUUAUAAUAUAACACCGACACGGGUAAAUUUAUAUUUUAAAACUACUUCCAUAUUAUGUAUUAAUAAAUAUCAUUAUUUCAGAUUCACUGAUAUAUAAAAUUAUGACAGACGAUUUUUAUAAUGAUUUAGAAAAAAAUUCAAACUUACUCGAACGUAUGGAUACUGCAAACUUACCGUAAGACCAUCCGUGCUACAUUGUUGAUAGAAAAAAGAUACCCGGAUUCUUUUCAGACGAGACAGGUGGGCUUAUUAUGA